CCGCUCUCACCGAAGAUGCCCUGCACGAUGCUGAGGGGGCUGUUCAGCCAGUCGGCCACACACGGCAUCGCGCGGGCCGAGGCGGGCGCUCGGCGGGACUCCCCAGGCCCUGCCGCUCCCGGAGAUGGGGCCCUGCGCCCCGCCGUAGCCACGCGCUCGCCCGCUCCCGGAGAUGGGUCCCGAACUUCCUGCCCAGGCGGCCUCCCGCGGCGGCAAUGGCGGCGGCCCGGCCGGCCCCGCCCCUCUCGCCCUGACGCUGCGGCGUGCGCUGCGGGGGGGGGAGGCGGCGCCGCCAUCUUGGAGCCGGGCAGCGCUGCGGGCGGAAAGGGCCGCGCAGGCUGCCCCGGCUGUCCGGGGAGGAGACGUGGAAGAGGCGCAGCGAUGGCCGCCACGAAGCCGCCUGGGCCUGGUUCCGCUAGCGGCACCAAUCUGCUCUUCUCCUCCUCGGCGACCGAGUUCAGUUUCACUGUGCCCUUCAUCCCGGUCAGCCAGGCCCCCGCCGCGCCGCCGGGGCCCGCUCUCCUCGGCGCAGAUGAUUCCACAGAUGUUGGAGAAGAGGACAGCUUCUUGGGCCAGACUUCUGCUACUCAUAAUCCACCACAGACUUUUAGCUAUUUCUCCCAGGUACCUAGUAGCAAUGAUCCUUUUGGAAGCAUAGGGCAGCCACCCUUAACAACGGUGACACCACCUGUUGGGCCAUCAACCUUCUCCAAGGGUCUAACUUCUCUCCCACUCUUGCCUGGAUCACAAGAGGGGCAGAAUGCUUUUUUGGCAAGUGUUCCGAAGUCACAGCCAGCGUAUAGUGCACCACCUACUUCCCUCGUGGGAAUCGGUGCUUAUCAGACUCCUCCAGAGAGUUGUCCCCCACUUGCAAACUUUUCUACUCCUCCGCAUGGAGCACCACAACAAGGAUAUAACCCAUAUCGCCAUACCACCUUAAGCAGUAGAGCUAAUCCUUACAUAACUCCACCGCAGCUGCAGCAGAUUCAGACACCAAGCCAGCUUGUCCAGCCACCACCCUCUGUACCACCUAUCCACAUGUAUCAGACACCUCCAGGAUCAUUGUCACCGUUUCCUCAUUCACAGCCACCACUGCCAUCACCAUCACAAUCACUGCAAGCUCCCAGACCUGCAGGUCCACUGGUGCAGGCAUCACCUGUUUUGCUACAGAACCAAUAUGAACCAGUUCAGCCCCACUGGUUUUACUGCAAGGAGGUGGAAUACAAGCAAAUAUGGAUGCCAUUCAGCAUUCUAGAUUCUGUAACUCUAGAAGAAGUUUAUAACUCUGUCCAACCUGAUCCUGAGAGCGUGGUUUUGAGCACUGAUGGGGGGCGCUAUGAUGUUUACCUGUAUGACAGACUAAGAAAAGCUGUAUAUUGGGAAGAAGAGCCAUCUGAAGUCAGACGAUGUACAUGGUUUUAUAAGGGAGACAAAGAUAGCAGGUUUAUUCCUUAUACUGAGGACUUUAGUGAGAAACUAGAGGCAGAAUAUAAAAAAGCUGUAACUUCGAAUCAAUGGCACCGGCGACUUGAAUUUCCAAAUGGGGAAACAAUUGUUAUGCAUAAUCCUAAGGUUAUAGUUCAAUUCCAACCUUCUGCAGUACCAGAUGAAUGGGGGACCACACAAGAUGGUCAGACAAGGCCAAGGGUUGUGAAACGUGGCAUUGAUGAUGAUCAUGAUGAAAUUCCUGAUGGGGAGAUGUCUCAAAUAGACCAUUUAGUGUUCAUGGUUCAUGGCAUAGGUCCUGUGUGUGAUUUACGAUUUAGAAGCAUUGUUGAAUGUGUUGAUGAUUUUAGGACCGUGUCUCUGAAACUGUUGCAAACUCAUUUUAAGAAGUCUUUAGAGGAACUUGAAGUGAGCAGAGUUGAAUUCCUACCGGUUCACUGGCAUAGCUCUCUACAUGGGGAUGCAACAGGUGUAGACAGGAAUAUUAAAAAAAUCACAUUGCCAAGCAUUGGACGUCUGCGCCACUUCACCAAUGAGACCUUGCUUGAUAUAUUGUUUUACAACAGUCCAACCUACUGUCAGACCAUUGUGGAUAAAGUAGGCCUGGAAAUGAACCGCCUACAUGCACUUUUCAUGAGUCGCAACCCAGACUUUAAAGGAGGAGUCUCUGUUGCUGGGCACAGUUUAGGUGCCUUAAUUUUAUUUGACAUAUUGUCCAACCAGAAAGACUUGACUUCAUCAGGAAACUCUGGCCCUCCCACUGCUGCUAAUGGGCUUGUGAAUGAUGUGGUUGUUCGUGACAAGCAGGUGACGGAGGAUACCAACUCCUUGGCACCCAUGAUUACUCCUUUUGGUGAGGAGCCCUGUGAUCCUGAUGUGGAGGAUGAAGUUCCAACCUUACACAAGGCUCUGGAAAUGCUCAGUGUCUCAGAGUAUAUUGACACAUUUGAAAAGGAGAGAAUUGAUAUGGAAUCUCUGCUGAUGUGUACAGUUGAUGACCUGAAGGAAAUGGGUAUACCUCUUGGACCAAGAAAGAAAAUUGCCAACUUUGUAAAAGACAGAGCAGCCAAACAGGAAAAGAAACAACCAUUAGCAGAAAAAAAAGCAGUGCAAACUCAGGAAGCUGCACAGAAAGCAAAAGAAGCAGUUACUUCUGUUGCCACUUCGGAAUCGGAUAGCCUGCAUGCGCGGUCGAAGAGAAAACUUCCUGUUGGUGCCUUGGUUUCUUCUGUGAACGUUGACUAUGAGUAUUUUGAAGUUGGUACUGGCCAGGUUUCUGUGGCUUACAGUGUGCUAGACUUCGAACCAGAGAAUUUCUUUGCCCUGGGUUCUCCAAUCGGUGUGUUCCUUUCUGUACGAGGAGUGGAGAAUAUCAAUGAGAACUAUAGACUUCCUACCUGCAAGGGAUUCUUCAAUAUUUACCAUCCACUUGACCCAGUGGCUUAUAGGUUAGAACCUAUGAUUAUUCCAGACUUGGACAUGAAACCAGUUCUCAUUCCACACCACAAAGGCAGAAAAAGACUUCAUCUUGAGUUGAAAGAUUCUCUCUCUCGUAUGGGAUCAGAUCUAAAACAGGGUUUUAUCAGCUCUUUGAAGAGCGCUUGGCAGACUCUUAAUGAAUUUGCACGUGCUCAUACCUCUUCAACUCAGCUGCAAGCAGAACUGGAGAAGGUAGCUAAUCAAAUUAAAGAGGAAGAAGAAAAACAAGUGGUAGAAGCUGAAAAGAUUGCCGAAAGUCCAGAUCUUUCGAAGGAAGAGGGUUGCUUAAUAAAAGUCGGGAUGCUAAAUGGAGGACGUCGUAUUGACUACGUUCUACAGGAAAAACCAAUAGAAAGUUUCAAUGAAUACCUUUUUGCUCUACAGUCUCAUUUGUGUUACUGGGAAUCUGAAGACACAGCUUUGCUACUUCUCAAAGAAAUAUAUAGGACUAUGAAUAUCAGUCCGGAACAGCUGCAACACUGAUGUGUAGAUACCUGAAUUUCAUAUCUAAUGCUCCAACAGGCUUGCUGACAAAACAUUUUGAGGAACCUCCAGUAUUUCUCUAGUCACACAUGGCAAGAAUCCGAAUCACAAUGGCUUUUUUUUCUUCAGUCCAGAACUCUUUGAUUUAGAUAAUACCUUCUUGUUUCAUUCAAGAGUGUUUCACAAUUUUAAAAUUAUCAGCACCGCAGUUUGGGAAGCAUAAUUGGAAUGACACCAUUUAAUCUUCUUAUUGAAAUUUAGUUGUACUGUUGCCAAAAUUUGACCAGUGAAGAAAUAUUUGUGGCAUGCAAAUUAUUUUUUUUCUUCUCAAGCUACCUUGUCUGUUAGAUGUCAAACAUGUAUUUUCUAUGAAGGCAAUAUGUUCUUUAUUAAAGAAAGGACUUGUUGAGACACAGCAAUAAUCUGCUCUUUUUAAAAAAUGCGUUUCCACUUUUAAAAACAAAAUGUGAAUUUUAGUUAUAAGCUGCUUUACAUCAAGCUUUUGUAUUUGCUAAAAUCAGCAGCCAGAAUGACUUUCUUACUACUGUGAGUUCAGUGCUGAGAUUUUAUAAAAGCUUUUUAACCCUCUGACUUCUUUGCAAUGGAGAUAAAAUGAUCUUUUGUUAUAGAAAAUAUAGAGAUUUGUUACAGCCAGUUCAGCAUUCACCUCUCUUGGAAUGUAACUGAUGUAGAGAACAAAGAGGGAAGAAUCAAACUACAUUUCUUUUUGGUAAUUAACAGUUCAUGUGGCCUCGUGGCUGCUCUACCUGGGAAUUGAAAUUAUGACAUUGACCUCAGAAAAUUAAUUUCUCUCUCCAAGGCAUGUGAAUGUAGAGCCUCUUUCAAGCUUAUUGGAGCUAAAUGUAAUAGCCAAGGCCAAGAUCUGUGAUCCAUAUUCUAUUUUCAUCUAGUGAAAACAGUGGAGUUGUAUGGGGUGAGGUCUUCUGGAUUAGUGUCUCUGUGAACGCUGGGCUUCUGUAGCUUUCUUCUGGCAGCAUCUUUAAUGCAAUUACCUAACCUAUAGUGCUAACAAUAUUUGCUUCUGUUACUGCAGUAAGGACAUUUUGCUAAUGUUUACUUAGUAAGUUCUUAUGGAACACAGUGACUUUUUUGAGUAUAUGUAAAAUGCACAUUUUUGUGUGUAUAUUUUGGUUAGUAUAAUUAAAAGAUACUGUAAUGCCAA